CCCAGCCUUUGAGCCAAGGAUAGAAUCUAUCAUGUCUGUAAUGUCACGACUAUUGCUCGUCUACUACUGGGACAAAGCGGAUGUGACACGAUGUUGGUAUUCAUUGCGUUUUUUCUGACACUAUCAGCGACAGGCCAAGCCGCGGAUCCGUGUCAGUCUGCGCAACUGAUCGACGAGCCGAGGCGCAGCACCAACUUUACCUCGGCGUACACAGACUAUAAUCAACUCUACUGCGAUGACACGCUCAAGGUUGGAUGGUACAGGUUCAAUGGAGGAAGCAAGCUGGCCACAUCAUGUCAGCCGUUCUAUCACUGUAACACCCACGUGCCUGUAUGGAUGCGGGGGAGCCAUCCCACCACCCUCGGACAGACCGUGUCCGCAGAAGUGUGCGCACCCAUCUCAACCAAGGCCGGAUGUGCGCAGGACGACUGCUUCACAAAGGACACAAUUCAAGUGAAGAUGUGUCCGAACUUCUAUGCAUAUGAGCUCAAACCAACUCAAGGAUGUCACCUGGCCUAUUGCGCAGGCGAUGGAACGCCAUGUGAAGCCCAUCAAACAUCACCGACAGGUUUUACUCCAGGAUGUGUUGACAAAUAUCCAUUGAUGUUGAACGGCCCACACUUGUCUGACCCAUUACUGACGUACGUAAAUUCGACAACCGGAAAACCGACAUCGUUCGAGUUCCAGUGUCAGAUUAGCUUUGAUCCGGCUCGCACUGACGUCGGUUUUGAUGUCAGGUUUCUAUUUGACGGCAAAAGGGACAUGCGAGUUCCAAUUAUGUCGAUCUCUGGUGCUCAGCAGCGUACGAUCUCCCUUGAUCAAAAAUAUUUGAUUGGACAUAUGGGUCAAAAUGUGAGUUGCGCUGUCAGUUCGUACUUCACCGCUCCUGGAGCCAUCAAGGGACCCUCCAUAACAAGCAACGGGUACUGGGCUGGGAUUAAGGUGGAGCAAAAUCGUCUGGAGGUGGGAGAGAAGGAUAAGCCCCGCACGCUGGUUAUGUACUCUACCGUACCUGUCGUCUGCGAGCCCCCGCACGACGUCACGUGCCACCUUGACAUCGACCUCGACCCUAUCAACAACAACAACGACAUCGACUUUGUGAAAGCGUGCCGGGUGACCUUCACCCCGGGGAUGUGGAACAGCACCACGCAUAGGGCGGAGACGACGUUCCAGGUGUCGGCGACACGUGACGGCAAGGCAGACAAGGACAAGGAGAUAUACGUGCACUUCAAGCCAAUCUUUACGGGGGAUGGCCCGCCAGCCUUCAACAACUACCAGGUCCCCUUUGUACAGAUCAUGGCAAAAAACACGAACACCGCCACCUGCUGGUGUACGAGUGACCCCCACUGCAAGACGCUCGACAUGGACCCGACCACGUCUAGUUGGAAAAACGUCUUGGACUAUUACUUGAUUGGGGAAUUCGUCAUGUAUAAGAGCACGAACAGGAAUUUUGAGGUGCAAGUGCGGACCUGGUCCUGUAGCCAAGUGUCGUGCAACUGUGCAGUGGCCAUGAAAGAGAACAAUGACUUGGUAAUCCUGGACAUGUGCGACAUUAAACAGUUCGGCCAGGCGUACCCUAAGCUCACUGUCCCGGGCAAGGGGAACAUGUCACACGGCACCGUGAUCAGUCAGGACAGGUCGGGCAAUAACUAUCUGGUGAGUUUCCCGUCUGGAGCACAGGUUCGGAUCCAUAACGACGGCAGGAUUGGCUUGACCGUGACCAUCACCGCACCGGAAGACGACUUCCAGGGCACGGAGGGGAUCUGUGGUUAUUUUGACGGCAAUCCCUAUAACGAUCUGAAGCACUCGAGCGGGAAAGUGUCCAAUUAUAGGCCCAAUACCAGCUUCCAAGACAAUGAGUUCGUUAACAGUUGGAGGAUCAAACCUGUAGGUAGCUCGUUCUUCGACAAAACUCCUCCAUCCGACCCAUCCCUGGACCACGACAUGUACUUUUGUAAAUGCGACAACAAGUCUAAACAGAUCGACUGCACUCUUGACGGAAACGUGGCCAAACCAAACGUUCAGGCGCUACUACCGGGACGACCUGCAGUUACACACCAGAUUCAAAACGGCCACCUCACGACUGGACAGAUCAGUGCUGGCCGACGCCGACGUGCAGCCAGUUCCAUCCGUCCUGACGAUUAUCCAGCCGGUUAUGUUUACGAUUAUGGUCUAAACUUCGUGCCCGUUUUGAAGGCAGAUUUUCCGAGCGUUCACGGAAAGAGCCGAGCUGAAGCGGAUGCUGCGUGCAGCGCCGCGAUCGACCAGAACCCUACCGUGCAACAGUGUGUCCAGAAGACAGGUCUGAAUUUUGCAACGCAGAAGAGGAACUGUGUCGAGGACUUCAAGUACUUUGACGACGGUGCCUUUGUACGCAGUCAUAUGUUGAAUGCAAUUACGACAUGUGUCGAUCACGUUUUGAAAAACGAGUCAUUUUACGACGCAAAUGGAAACCUGCCUGCGUUUAUGUCGACCGACUUAUGUCCCUCUUACGACUGCAACAAGCACGGUACCUGCACGCGUGGACGGUGUGUGUGCGACGCGGGCUUUAUCGGCGACGCGUGUGAAAUCCAGGCGACGAAGCCUCCUGUCUUGUAUGGAGUUGUUAAGACCACGUGGAUUGAAGGGUCCGUCCUGUGUGACGUCACGGAGCGCGAGUGCGAGACCGCCUACGUGUUCGGGACCAACGUGUUCGACAACACGAGACUCUCCUGUAGGGUGGAGGUGCUCGAAUUUGACGGUCACUCCUUCGUGCCUACCGGUAGUGAGUUUACCACCGCGGCUAUUUAUAGAUCCAUGUAUGACGUCGGAUGUAAGCUCCCGAUGAAAUCAACAAUCGGAGGGCUAACAGUGGUUGCGUUCAACAUUUCUGUGACGAACGAUGCGAGCACGUACAGUAAUGAGGUGACGUAUGUACGAACGGACGGACGGUGCGCGAAAUGCGUCAAGACUGGCGAGUCAUGCUCGGUGAAGUCCCGUUCCUGUCUGAUUGAAGGUAACUGUUGGUCCGCCAAUGAGACCAACCCCGCCAACCACCAACAGAUCUGCGACCCGAACAGAAACAACACCCAGUGGACAAGUCCGGUAACUCACAACCCUCUUACAACGGAGUCCUCUUACACCGUCACUACCCCUCCCACCGCUGCACUAGGCGGCGCGUACUUAUCGCGUUUCGACAUCUGGACAUUCUCCCAGAAAGGCUGUAAGUGUGCACACAACCCCAGUGACUACAGCUGCGCAUGCUGUGACGCAGGCGGAUGUCAGUGCCAAGCCCCUCACCACAACCAGUGCUCUCAAUGUGGAAAAUCCGAAAACUGUGGAUCGCCCCAGCCAGCACCCGAAAAUGGAGUGGACGGCUUCACAAACGUAUUUAACGACUGCCCAUGCAAGUACGACCCUACCAAGGCGGCGGUCUGCGCCUGCUGUAAAGAAGACGUGAACGCGUGCCAGUGCGGCCCGGAGCACCGGAACCAGUGUGUGGACUGCAGCCACAAGGAGCAGUGCGGCAACAAGCCCUGGAUCUUUGGGCCCCCCUUCACCAGACAAUAGGCGUAUCAUGAAUGCAUCCGGCACCCAUACAUCUUGUACUGUACAGUAGCAAAUAAAUUAUGUAAUGUGU